CUGAGCAGUCAAACAUACUCUCCAGUUUGUUCUGAGGGUGUGUCCCAUUGCUCAGGAAGAAGGGUGCCAAGAGACUAAGUUCAUUCAUUGCCUUGAGGUGCAUUUCUAUUGGACUCACUAAUUCGUCAUUGAUUUGGGCAAAUACUUUUGCCUUCCUCCUAUCCUUCAUUGCCAGCCUCUAGCUAGACCUUAUCUGGGAGAGCAGAGAGCUUGAGGGGAGUAUCUGAAAGGACCAUGCCUUACCCCUACCAGGCCCCAGGACCCCAGAAACCUCCAGUCCCCAAGGAUUCCCGUGCUAUCCACUCCUCAGGCCAGACCUAUGAACAACUGAGGCAGGACUGCCUACAGAGGGGCAUCCUUUUUGAAGAUGGUGACUUUCCAGCCAACAAUUCCUCCCUCUUCUUCAGUGAGAGGCCCUCCAUACCUUUUGUGUGGAAACGUCCAGGGGAAAUAGUAAAGAAUCCAGAAUUUAUUCUUGGAGGAGCCACAAGAACUGAUAUUUGUCAAGGGGAACUUGGAGACUGUUGGCUUUUAGCAGCCAUUGCCUCUCUCACACUUAAUGAAAAGACCCUGGCCAGAGUUGUGCCCCAAGAUCAAAAUUUUGGAUCUGGUUAUGCUGGGAUAUUUCACUUUCAGAUCUGGCAGCACAGCGAAUGGUUGGAUGUGGUCAUUGAUGACCGACUCCCGACCUUCCGAGAUCGUUUGGUUUUCCUCCACUCUGCUGAUCACAAUGAAUUCUGGAGUGCCUUGCUGGAAAAGGCAUAUGCCAAACUGAAUGGAAGCUAUGAAGCCUUGAAGGGUGGAAGCACAAUUGAAGCUAUGGAAGAUUUCACUGGAGGAGUGGCAGAGACUUUUGAAGUUAAAAAGGCCCCGGAAAACUUCUAUGAGAUCCUCGAGAAAGCCUUGAAGAGAAGCUCUAUGGUGGGCUGCUCCAUUGAUAUCAGCAACUCUUCAGAGUCAGAAGCACGGACACCUUUUGGUCUCAUUAAGGGUCACGCAUACACUUUGACGGGAAUUGACCAGGUGAAUUAUCGAGGUCAAAAGGUUGAACUCAUCAGAGUCCGGAAUCCUUGGGGCCAGGUAGAAUGGAAUGGUCCUUGGAGUGACAAUUCUGGUGAGUGGAGUUCUGUUGAGUCUUCUGAACAAAAACGCCUAUGCCAUUCUGCUCUUGAUGAUGGAGAAUUCUGGAUGACUUUUAAGGAUUUUAAAAUCCACUUUGACAAAGUAGAGAUCUGCAAUCUCACUCCUGAUGCUCUGGAGGAAGAUGCCCUUCACAAAUGGGAAGUGACAAUCCAUCAAGGGAGCUGGGUCCGGGGAUCUACUGCUGGAGGAUGCCGUAAUUUCCUGGACACCUUCUGGACCAAUCCCCAGAUCAAAUUGUCUCUGACUGAGAAAGAUGAUGGGCAAGAGGAAUGUACUUUUAUUGUAGCCCUCAUGCAAAAGGACAGAAGGAAACUCAAGAAACUUGGAGCUGAUUUGCUGACUAUUGGAUAUGCUAUUUACCAGAGUCCUGCCAAAGAUGAGCAUCUCACCAAGGAUUUUUUCAGAUAUCAUGCUUCACAGGCCAGAAGCAAAACAUAUAUUAACUUAAGAGAAGUUUCUGAGAGAUUUAAGCUGCCCCCUGGGGAAUAUAUCCUGAUUCCUACAACUUUUGAGCCACACCAAGAAGCCAAUUUCUGCCUUCGAAUCUUUUCAGAGAAGAAAGCCAUUACUCAGGAAAUGGAUGAAAAUGUGGAUAUUGCUCUCCCAGAACCGUCUAAACCAACUUCACCUAAUCAAGAAAGCAUGGAAGAUAAACAGUUUCGGACACUGUUUGAACAGAUUUCAGGAGAGGACAUGGAGGUAACAGCAGAGGAACUGGAAUAUGUUUUGAAUACUGUGCUACAAAAAAAAAAGAAUAUUAAAUUCAAGAAGCUAAGUCUCAUUUCCUGCAAAAACAUCAUUUCUCUAAUGGAUAACAAUGGCAAUGGAAAACUGGAGUUCAAUGAAUUCAAAGUUUUCUGGGACAAACUGAAGACGUGGAUAAAUAUCUUCCUUCAAUUCGAUGCUGACCGAUCUGGCACCAUGUCCUCCUAUGAGCUGCGGCUAGCCUUGAAAGCUGCAGGCUUCCAGCUGAACAAUUACCUUUUGCAGCUAAUUGUCCUAAGGUAUGCUGAUGAGCAGUAUCAACUUGACUUUGAUGAUUUCCUGAACUGUAUGAUCCGGUUAGAGAAUGCGAGCCGGGUGUUCCAGAUUCUCAGUGCAAAGAACAAAGAAUAUAUUCAGCUCAAUAUAAAUGAGUUCAUCAGUUUGGCGAUGAAUAUUUGAAGCAGUCCCUGUUCUGGAUGUGAGCUCUCACCAGUUCAUACCCUUUAGUACAAGAAUCAAAAAAUUUUUCCUAGGUGAUGUCCAUGUAUCUAAGAAUUGUGAAUGAAGGUCCCUCUUUAAUAAUCCCAUGUUCUUACCUAAUGAAUCUUCUUAGCAUGAUCAAAAUUAAUGCCAUAGGUUUAAUUGUUUCUUUCCCAGAAAUGAAGCAUUAUCAAAUGGAAAUCUGUGGUGAUACAGGGAGGCAACUUGCCUACAGAGUAAGUCAUCUCUAGUAAUCAUAUGCAAUUUAGUAAGGAUGACUAAGAGUUCCAACUCAGAUUACCCUUGACAUUACAAAAUCCUUAAUUAUUUUCUCUGUUCCCACCAACCCAGGCAUUUUGCAUUAUUCACAAGUGAUUGAAGAUCAUAUGACAAUGUUUCUAUAGAUGUGUGUGUACUCAUAAUUAAGCAUACCCUUGUAAAUGUGUUUCCUUCAUGAGAUUAAAUAUUAGGGUAAUUUAAACUGUCCGUUUUUCAUAUCACAAAAUCAAAUUAUAGUAGAUGUGUAUUCUAUAUCUUAGAUCACUAACUCUGGAGACACAAAGAUUUGGUCCAAUCUUCAGAGUUUCUAAAUAAUAAUUCAAGUAAGCUCUAUGGGUCAUUCUGUCUCUAUUUCUGAGAACAUUUGAUUUUGACUUUCCACUAGGGAGUUUUAGUUCCCCCUAAAGUCCCAAGCUAAUAGGCACUUAAUCCAUAGAACAGGUUUACUCAAAGGCAUACAAAACAAAGAAGGUAUUUGUACCUAGUUCAUAUUUUUUUCUUUCUCCCCAGUCCCUACAAAUUCAAAUCUCCAACUAUUCUAGUCCCUCCCUUAUGCAUUGUUAUUGAAGCCCCUUCUACCAGUUGCCCUCUUUCAACAAAUUUCCCUUCUUCUCCCUGGGGUAUAUACUUCCUGAUUAAGGCUUUUAUUGACUUUAUCCUAAUUCCAGGUCACUUCUUCCACUUUUUGUUUUCCAGGCUUAGAGAGUGUCUCCUACAUAGUCCUAUAAACACCCUAAGUCUUACAGCUCCCAGCCUGCCCCAGUAACUCAUCCAGCACUCAUUAAGUACCUAUUGCCUUUGCUAAUAUCUUGAUCUAGUGCAUAUAUGAAGUGGUCAGAGACCUAGCAUCUCUGGUAUGAGGGUUUGUUAAGCCCUUUUCAAGGCUGUUCCAUCUACCUUUCACCAAACUCUCAUCUGUGGCUCCAAGAAGGUGUAGCAUACAUAGUGGUCAUACCCUAAUAAAACCAUCUCUGCAGACAGGUUAACCAAGGUUAAGAAUAACCAAACCUCAGACCUGUCAGUGAAUUGGGAGAGGAUAUCUUUUCCCAGUAAAUGAGUAGAUUAAAACAGUUUCUUCCAAUUGCCAUGAAGACAGCUCAAGCAGAUACUGUAGAGUGUUUAGAACUUAGAAAUCAAAAACACCAAGGUCACCCAGUACAUUCUGGGACAUUGCCAGUUGUUUUGGCUUUUGUCUUCCACUGAACUUCAAUGAUAUUGGAAGAGUUAGGCUGGUGACUUUGUAUGAUUCUGCCUCCCUUAAACCAAUUCAUGCACAAGUCAAGAAAUCACCCAUGAUAU